AUCAAUGCUUAGCUACAUCUAUUUUCUAUUAAAUGUAUAAAAAUUUGAAUCUAUGAUAAAUAACAAAGGAAACAGAAUUUCAACUCUUUGUUGUGUUUUGUGAUUCAGAGACUGUUGGAUUAAGUCUGAAGUCAGGAUCUUGAAGUUUCAGCAUGAUGAGCCGUCCGCAGAGCUUCAUAGAAGGUGAAGCUCCUGACUCUCGGCAUGCAAAAUCAAACAGAAGGUCAAAGGUCACCGCAGAGAGAGUGGCACUGGUGGUUCUCUGUAUCCUGCUGGCAGCUGCUCUCAUCGUUAUUUAUCGUCUCUCGUUUGACAAAAUUAGAACGAACAAAGAGCUCGAAAACCUGGAACAUCACAAAAUGAAGUGUGAAAGUAAUCUGACAGAGACUCUCUCUAAAAUAAAACCAUGCAGCACGGUGCAGCCGACCUGUCCAGGACCUAAAGUAAUAAAUGAUCCUUGUUAUAAAUGUGAAGAAGGCUGGGAGCAACAUGGAGGAAAGUGCUAUUACUUCUCCAUCAGGAAAUCAUCCUGGGAACAGAGCAGAGAUGAAUGUAGAGCUAAAGGAGGAGACCUGGUUAAGAUAGACAGCAGAGAGGAGCAGAGUUUCCUGGAGAGAAAACUGAGAGAUGUAAUGACUGAAGCUGAGGACAAGUUCUGGAUCGGACUGACAGACUCAGCAGUAGAGGGCAGAUGGGUGUGGGUGGACGGAUCACCACUGAAUGAAAGGCUGCAGUUUUGGAGUGGCAUAGACCCAGACAAUUGGAAAGGGCACAAUGGUGAACAUCCUGAUGGAGAGGACUGUGUGAGGAUGGGAGAAAAAGGUGGAGCUGAUGAUCUGAAGUGUUGGUUUGAUGCAUUUUGCUCAAAGCCUCACAGAAGUAUUUGUGAGAAAGCAGCAGUAAAAGGACAGAUUAAAAAUGUAUGUGACUGAAACUCAGUCUAUUAAACACCAGAGUGGAGUGAUGCCGUAACGUCACAAACAAAAAAAAUUAAUAUAUUAAAAAAAUGCAACAUUUUGCAUCUGAUCAUUUUUUUUCCUUUUUGAUCUGAUUAAUAUAAACAUGAAAUGUGGGAGCACUUCUAAAAUUCAUUUAAGUGUUUUCAAAUGCUAUUUGUGUUAUUUAGAAAUAUCCCAAAACAUUUUAGACUCCCCUGAAUGAAUGAAUACUUCACUCAACUAGAGAAGAAACUAUGAAUUAAUUAUUAUCAGUUUUGCAGGAGAAAGGACGAAAGGAAGGAACGUUGUGUUAAAAUAGAGCAAGUAAUAGAUGUUAGUGUGAAUAAAAGGAGUAACUGAGCAUUUCAGUGUUUGAUAUUUUAUCUGGAUACAACUGAUUAGUCUGACACUUGGUAGAAGUGUUAAUUACUAAUAAACAGAGAAACACUUAAAUUGACAGUUUAUGGACUUUGCCUUGUAUUGCUCAAAGACGUGAACAAACAAGCAAACAAAUAAAAAGUAUUUUGACAAACUUAAA